AGCUGCUGCUUUUGCUUGUUAUUUCUGGAGGAUGGAUGAGUUGCAACCCAAUCCCGAUGAUUGCCCGAAAUUCGAGCCCAAUGCUUUCAAACAGGAGAAAUGCAAGCACUGCUCAAGACCAUGGACUGAGCACAAAGAUGUGAUCUCUGAGGAAUUUCUUCAGAAGUUCCUUAAGAAGAGGCAGCAAGCUCAGGAAGACAAGGAGAAGAAAGAGGCUGAAGCAGAGCAAGCGGCUGCUGCUAAGAAACAGGCCAAGAAGCGUGCGAGCCAGGCCGCGGAGGAUGAUUGGCUGUUUGAUGAUAAAGACAAGAAAGAUGCACCACAAGCAUCACAAGCAGACGACAACGAUUCGGAAGAUGACUUCACCUUCCGAAUGUUUGCGCCUGAUGAACUUGAAAAACUCCAGUGUCCGCCACCGCCAGUGAACAAGGAGCUGAAGGUUGUGAAUUUGAUUGAUUGGGAUGAAUGCGACGUUGCUGACGAGACGGAGGAGGUCACUGGUGGCGAGGCGACAGGAAGCUCUGUAAGCACGAGAGCUCCCUUGAUUGAGGCUGCCUCGUAUCCCACCAUGAGAGGUGACUUGGGAUUUCAGGAUACUGGUCAGCUGUCUGCAGGCGGAAUGCCUUACCAAUCUGGCAACCAGGAUCUUCAGACUGAAAUCCAGCUCUUACGUCAGAUGCUUGCUGAUGCGAACGAGGAGAAAACUAUACAGGUUGCCAUCGUUCGGGAUGAGGUUGCGGAGAAGCAAGAACAGGUUCAGGAGUUGACUCGCCAGAAAAGCGAGCUGGAGGCCCUACUCAGAGAAGCGAGGUCCAAACUUGACUCCUGUGGCGAGAAGGAAAAGGAAGUUGAAAGAGAUCAUGCUGAGGAAGAGCGACUGAAAGCUCGAAUGGCUGAACUUGAAGCCAAGCUUCAGGAAAAGGAAGUUGAAAGAGACCAUGCCGAGGAAGAGCGACUGAAAGCUCGAAUGGCUGAACUUGAAGCCAAGCUUCAGGAAGAGCGACUGAAAGCUCGAAUGGCUGAACUUGAAGCCAAGCUUCAGGAAGAGCGACUGAAAGCUCGAAUGGCUGAACUUGAAGCCAAGCUUCAGGAAAAGGAAGUUGAAAGAGACCAUGCCGAGGAAGAGCGACUGAAAGCUCGAAUGGCUGAACUUGAAGCCAAGCUUCAGGAAAAGGAAGUUGAAAGAGACCAUGCCGAGGAAGAGCGACUGAAAGCUCAAAUGGCUGAACUUGAAGCGAAGCUUCAGGCUGCGCAAGCGGAAAAGGCUGCCGAAAUGGAGAAGGUUGCAGAAGUGCAAAGGGCUGCGGAAGCGCAAAUUGCAGCUGCAGCUGGAGGUGCUGAGGCAGCCGUUUCCAGUCAAAUACAGGAGGCACUUGUCACUGUCUCUGAAGUGACGGAGCUGUGCAAUCGCACCUCCAGAAUAUUGUGCGAGGAAUGUGAAGGAGCUGAAUCCUCCAGUUCAAGCCACCUUCAGGCAGAGCUGGCUCGGUGUCGUGAAAGAGCUCAAUCUGCAGCCAACGCUGCUGAACGGGUCAUCUCUGACAAGAGGCAGCUCGUCGCGAAGGUUGAAGAACUGGAGCGCUUGGAGCGCGAGCGAAAAGACUAUGCGCAGGCUGUGCGAGAUGUCCGCCUGUAUGCCGAGCAGCAGCUCGCGCUGAUCCUGCAGCGAAUGAGUGUGAGUCAUGGCCAUCAGGCGGAACUCCCAAAGCUUGGAAGCUAACAGCGUGGCAGUGAGUGCUGAGCUACCUGUCCAUUAGGCUUGUCCAUUAGGCUCCAGCUUCAUUGGAAUUUAAGAUUC